AUGAAUAUUCAAGACAUAUUAAUAUUCAAUCGAGUGAAGGAGUACACAAACAACGAUUCCAACAAAGCAAGUUGUUUUUUUUUUAGAGAAGAGAAGCAAUAAAUCAAUCAAUCAAAUCAUUCUUACAUUGUUGUUACGAUGGAAUCACCGUUCAGACCAGAGAUUCUGAAGGGAAAGGUUGCUCUAAUCACCGGUGGAGCCUCCGGAAUCGGAUUCGAAAUUUCCACCCAAUUCGGCAAACAUGGAGCCUCGGUCGCGCUCAUGGGCCGCCGCAAGCAAGUUCUUCAGUCCGCUGUCUCCGUUCUCCAAUCCCUCGCCAUUCCCGCGGUUGGGUUUGAGGGGGAUGUGCGGAAGCAAGAGGAUGCGGUGAGGGUGGUGGAAUCGACUUUCAAGCAUUUUGGAAGGAUUGAUAUACUUGUGAAUGCUGCAGCUGGGAACUUUCUCGUUUCUGCAGAGGAUUUGUCCCCAAAUGGCUUUCGGACAGUUCUGGACAUUGAUUCUGUUGGCACAUUCACAAUGUGCCAUGAAGCACUAAAAUAUCUCAAAAAGGGGGGAGAAGGAAGGAGCAACUCUUCUAGUGGGGGAUCAAUAAUAAACAUUAGUGCUACCUUGCAUUACACAGCUUCUUGGUAUCAAAUUCACGUGUCUGCAGCAAAGGCUGCAGUUGAUGCCACUACGAGAAACUUGGCACUAGAAUGGGGAACAGACUAUGAUAUUAGAGUCAAUGGGAUUGCACCAGGUCCAAUAAGUGACACCCCUGGCAUGAGUAAACUGGCUCCUGAUGAAAUAAGUAGCAAAGCCAGAGAUUACAUGCCGCUGUAUAAACUUGGGGAGAAGUGGGAUAUUGCCAUGGCUGCACUUUUUCUAGUAUCAGAUGCAGGAAAAUUCAUUAAUGGCGACAUUAUGAUUGUUGACGGAGGACUUUGGCUGAGUCGGCCUCGCCAUUUAGCAAAAGAGGCUGUGAAGCAGGUAUCUCGAUCAGUAGAAAACAGAUCCAGAAAUGCAUCUGUCAGUGUUCCAAAAAGCAAGCUGUGAACCAGCAGAUUCAAGUGUUAGCCCCUCUACACAGCCGGGAAACAAAUUAUAAUUUGUAGAAUACUAUGGAUUUGGAAGAUAUCAUCUGUUACUUUUAAAUUAUUAAAUAGUUGAACUUUCUCAAACUAUCAAAUAUGAUGAUUAAAAAGAUAUGCCUACAUCCAAGACAUCCCCCACACCCAAAAAAAAUAAUAUAAAAUAAAAUAAAGUUGUCGCAGUCCCCAUGAUAUAUCACUUGGAUAAUAAGCAAAUCCAUCUCAAUGAGAGGUGGUGCAUUACCCUUAACACUAUAAAUAUUAUGUAUGAAUGCUGAAAUAAGGGCUAUGAUUUCUUAUUGGGUCA